AUGAAGAUGUGUGAUAGAUGGAAGCUCUUCAUCACUGCUGCCAAGGUUCCCCGACCACCUCAACCCCGUUGUUCCCCUUGUCCAUGGCGACCCUUUCACACAAAACCUCUUUCUCAUUCUCGCAUCUCUUUUUCCUCCAACAACUUCCCACGUUGGGAUUCCAAUGAUGCUUUUCAACCCUCAAAUUUCAGCUUCAACAAUGCUAGAACCAAACCUCUAGAACAAGAAGAAGAAGAAGAGGAAGAUGAUGAGGAAUAUGUGAAGAAGAGGAGGUGGUGGUCUGAUGAGUCUCCGGAAGAAACUGAGGAAGGAUAUAGUGGAGCUUGGGUAGAUGCUUUAGAUAGUUUGUGGAUUCUCAAGAUUUUUAAGCCCUAUGGUUGGACGCUGCCUAUAAUCCUCGCGUCAUGGUUACUUUCUACCGGUCCAAAAGCUUUCCUCAUGGCAUUAGCAAUUCCUCUCGGUCAGUCAGCACUUGCACUAGCAUUUGAGAAAUUAUGGGGACGGACCGAGAGCAAACCAAAGCGCAGGUACAGGAUGAAGAGGAAACGCAGAAAUGUAAAUGACACCCGAGUUGAGGAAGAACCUGAAGAAGAAAACCAGAAAACUAGUACAAGGAAGGGAGGGAUGCAGUCAUGGGUUGUUGAGAACGACGGUUCAGUAGAUAGUGGUAGCCGAAACGCACCGAGUUUUGGUGGAUGGGAUGACUUGGAGAGACCUAGGCCAUCACGAAGGAGAUCUCAAGCAAAGAAAGGGUCACAAAGGAUGACCAUGGAAGGUGGUAGGUUGAGUAGGAGAGAAAGAAAAAGUGACACACCUCUUUUGGUUCGAUUGCUUAUUGCUAUUUUUCCAUUUUUGGGUUCAUGGACAAAGAUGCUGUAA